AUGGCUAGGGCAAGCAAAGCAGCCAAAGCGCAAAAAAAGCGGUGGAAGGAGUUUUGUGCUGCCAAACACCAAAAAGACACUUUGGUAAUCUCUGAUUCAGAAGACCAAGUACAGGAUAUCGUGGACAAAGCCCUUCAACUCUCACCUACUUCUGACUUGGCACUCUCCAAACCCUCUCAGCCCCCAAUCACAAUUAAUCUGGACUCUGACUCUGAUAUCGAGACCUUUCCAACUCCUCAGCCCCCGCAAUCAGUUCUCCUUCAAUCAUCUCAGCUCUACUGGAUGCCAAUCAAUCCAGACUAUCUAACGGAAGAGGACGAAAUGGACCCCUUGGAUGUCUCUCUCUACGCACAAGCCAACCUUGCUGACUCUUUGGAUGAUGAAGCAUGCAGUACCAAACUUGUCAACAAGGCCUUAAUCACGGUUUUCACUCGCCCUUUUGUGAAUCCACCAACUCUUGGUAAACGCCAAACCAAGACCGGUCAGAUCCUCAAAGGAUACAAACAGCCUCGUGUUCAACCUAGCUCAAAUAAGCUUGCACCACAUGAAAUACCAAAAGAAACUAAAAGACAAUACAGACUAAACCGAGAGAAGGCUAUCGGCAAGUCUACCUUCACUUUUGACAAGCGGGUUGUCCGUGAACCAGCUCCAGCUCUCAAUCCAGAUCCAGAUCCCUCUCCUCCCUCUUCACCUGAAACCAAAACUCAUGAAGAAGAAAACUCUGAAGAAUCAUAUGAAGGAUCCGAUCACAAAUACUCUGAAGAAUACUCUGACUUAUCUGACAUACAAAGUGAACUCUCUGAUAACGAGGCCAACAACUCUUCUGCUGUGAUUGUAUCCGACACUUGGAUCGAUGAAUGUGUUGAUCAAUACCGAUCCAGCAAGGCUAAGUCUUCAAUGCCUCCAGAUAUCAAGAAAUCAGCUCAGGAUCAAUUUGAUACUUUCAAUGCUCAAAUCACCGCUGUCUCAGAAAAGUACAAACAGCUCCAAAAAGAAAAACCCAAUUUUGAAUUUCCAUCAGCUAUCAUUGAUGACCUUUGUGAAUACAAUGCAUGGCGACUCGAGCUCACCAUUUCUGCUCACUCCUUUAUCCCUGCUCCAUCACGCCAAUACCGUCGCACUACCUGA